UUUUUAAUAAACUUUAAAUCAGCCCAGCCCAAUGCUGUAAAUCUACCCGGUCCAGCAGCUUAAACCUAACACGCACUAUCUAAACUCUACUCCCUCCUUCGGCCGACUCAUUCAUCCGUACAUCGAGCACCUCUGACCAUCGUCCGUGUGUUCUUCCGCUGAUAUCGACAGAUGUUUGAUUAUUCCGGCUGAGGUAAAACCAAAGAAUCUCAAACCACGUCUACCAUCGUUUCGUGAUUUUGGUUUAUCCCCUGCAUCCUCUUCGUCUUAUUGUGAUUUUCUUGAACGGUUAGGUUCCGUUUGGAGUUAGAGCCUUGCAAGUACUACUUAAAAACAUUUGCAGGUUCCGUUUGGAGUUAGAGCCUUGGCAGUACUACUUCUAGGGUUCCGUUUGGAGUUAGAGCCUAAGGUGUGUAAAAAUGGCGUGUACCAUAGAUUUCAGGUUCCUGGAUGAGGGUUUCGGAGGCAAAACAUACAAGCGCAAGAGAGCGGAGAAGGAGGCCGGCCUUCGAUUGGAGGAGGAAGAUGAAGUCGCUGUGGCUAUGGAAGUUGAGAACGGCGCUCCUCCAUCAAAAAGGCAGGCUGUAUCUUCAUCCGAUGAUCCGAAUAAACCGGUGAUGGGGAAGCCGACUUACGAUGGUGUGAUAGCUGGGAGAGUGUCAGGGAGGAACUGGAAGCAGGUCCGGACGCGUAGAUCUUCGGCACUGCAUGUGAGCCGGAAGGGGAAGACGCUGGAUGAGAGAGUAAAGGAGAAGGAGAUAAAGAGGGCAUACAAGGAGAGGAUGAGCGAACUGAAAGAGGCGAUCAGGCAAAACAAGAUAGAGAAGCGGAAGAAGAGGGAGGAGAGGGAGAAAAAGAAGAAGGAGAACAUCAUCAAGUCUGGAACCAAGUUCCAGAAGAUCACCAAUCCUAAGACUCUUAAGAAAAUUGCCAAAUCUGCCAAGCAGAAGAAGCUUCUCCAGGUGGUUUCCGAUGAUCUUCUUAAAGGCAGUAACAAGAAGUAGUAAUUUGAUCCCUUAUUUGGUAAUUGGGGAUCUUUUUUGGCAAUAUACACUUAUGAUUUUAAUGUGUUUUCACCCAAAUGUAUUAUCUAAAUCAAUGAAUGUGAGGUUUUCUUUGAAAUCAGUGAUUUUAACUGUUCCAAAUUUUGUUACUCUUCCUCUCCAAGAAUAUUAUGGUUUAAUUCAAGUCACUAGCUAAUCUGUAUUAGUUUUAUUAUAGGGUUAUUAUAGCUAUACAAGUCUAUGUAUUUCUUCUGUUUUUCCCUAC